AUGGCGAAUAGCACUGCCGCCGGCGAUGGAAUCACCGGCGGCUAUACGGGCACCUCACUGGGUAUGCAAAUAACCAUCGCAACCCUCGCUGGUGUUACCUGGUAUAACGCAUUCGAGCUGGUCACCCUGGUCUUUGUCACCUUUUCGCAGUACCACGGCCUAUACUUCUGGAGUUUACUGAUCUCGUCCUCUAUCGGUCUGGUCCCUUAUUCUCUAGGUUUCUUGCUGAAGUUCUUCAACUUGACCUCCGCCACUUGGUUUUCUGUUACCUUGCUCACUAUUGGGUGGUGGUGUAUGGUUACUGGACAGUCGUUCGUGCUAUAUUCGCGUCUUCAUCUGGUUAUAUCCAAUCAACGGAUUCUACGGCGCGUCUUAGCAAUGAUUAUGAUCAACGCUGUCAUUCUACACAUCCCAACCACCGUCCUGACAUUUGGCACUAACCUGGCCGAGCCCCGUGAAAUUUACGUCCAUGGAUACAACAUUAUGGAAAAGAUUCAAAUGACCGGCUUCUGUAUUCAAGAGUUUAUCAUAUCGGGUCUCUACAUCUGGGAAACUGUGCGCAUGCUUCGACUCGACCCAGAUCGGACCAAGCGCAAGAUCCAGUGGCAGCUCAUCAUAAUCAACACGAUAAUCAUCAUCCUUGAUCUGGGCCUACUCGUCGCCGAAUUCAUGAACUACUACAUCAUGGAAACAAUGCUCAAAGGCACAGUCUACAGUAUCAAGCUUAAGCUCGAGUUCGCCGUCCUCGGUAAACUAGUCCACCUCGUCCACAACCAUGUCUGGAAACCCGAAUCCUUCUCAGGACCCCAAGACCUCCCCGACUUCGUCGAUGCAACCCGUGUCACUUCGGACGUUACCCACGCCGUGCCAACUUCCGGCCACCGCGAACGCGCACCAACAUGGAUGGACGCCGACGACAUCUCAAUCGCCAUGUUCGAACACUCACCACCAACCAACACAUCCGAUGCCUCCAGCGAUACCCAUGCCGUUCAUCCGAUAGAUUUCACCAACCCAUUCGUCAGAUAUGAGCGCCACUCCUCGAGGUUAUCUGAGAAACCACACAAACCAGGAUAA